AUUCCCUUGGAGAUGUUAUAUCCAUCAUCCUUAAUGAUUUAUCCUUCUCGAGCGGCCAUGAUCGCUUGGUCUUGACACUUGUAUUAGUUUGAUUCUUCCCGGUACUCCCGAGCUACAUGAUUACGGCGAUCGCGAUGACGCCGAGAAGCUGACCAAUCUGCUGACCUCGAUAAGUUCCAUGGGCUAUAUGGGUACUUAGUUGCUGCUUGUUGGGAUAUGGUUGCCUGUCCAGACAUUCCUGGAGAUGAAUCCGCUCUCAGAGUAUAAACUUGUCCUCGCGAUCUUUAAGAACUGCCCCGUCCUCCCUGGGGGCCAGAGUUAAUUAAAUCAUGGACUUCCCCGGAGGGUCCAUCACAAACAUACGCGUUAUUGAUGGAUUCUCCAAUAUAUAUUGGAGAAUAUAUACGGAAGAGCCCAAUAUAACGAAUCUGCCGGGCGAGGCGCCUGCCAAUGGUUACACUAUCCUUAAGCAUCUCAGCCGCCUAAAAGAUCUCGAACUUCGACUGCGGAAUCUGGAUUGCUUGGUGUCAAGCUAUCCGAGGCGGCUAGGUCUAUGGGUAUUUUCCGCGACUCCGGAUUUCGAGGGUCUGGGCCCACUCUGUUCGCACGGAGUGAAAGACGAACAGAGUCGGCUUGUCGUUGGCGCAUCGACGUUGAAAGUUUCUGCGUCUGGCAACAUUACCUCGUGGGAUAUUGUCAAGAACCUUUCCAGUGACCCCCAAAAUGCAAGUGGGAACCCAGCUGGGCCACAACGCCAACAAAAUACGGCUGGGACACCUACUCGGCGCAUGGAUGGAUACAGCAGCUCUGCCACUAUCUACGCCUCAUUCAUAUCGGCUGUUACUGGUGCACUCAACCUCCAGUUAAUCCGACGCAACAAAGUCAUUCCUCUUGGAUCGCGUAGUCUUUUCACUAAUGUCGAUAGAGAGUGUUACGAAAACCUCAAGACCACCAACAAUGAUCCUUCUUCAUUUUCUGCCCUCACUACACUGCAAGUUCAAUUGACUUCCGCCGGAAAGUUAACCGUCACUUUGCAAACAAUCUCACAGCCCGGCAUCCUGCGACUACACCAACCUGGGGACCAUCUCACCGCUCUGCAAAACGUACCCUCGGGUGUAGAUGUUUGGUUGUCUCCUAGCGGAUCAGUUGCGAGACUCGUAACAACAAACCCUGGCCCGACAGAUGCAUUCUCCCCUUACCCAUCCGGUGAAGGCGUUGCUAUCGAUGGUAACGAUACUGCCCAGCGCAAGCAAUGGAAGCUCACUGUUCUAGAGUGGCUCAAGAAUUUCGGGCUCGCGGUUGAUUCGGUCGAGGAAACUACCUGGGUGGAGGUAGAAGUUUGGGAACCGUUCUAUUCUCGAUUGGCUGGGGAGACUUUGCGCCCAAAGGAGGAGAACACGUUUUCGCUCCCUUUGAAGCGGAUCUUAUGGCCUGCGGUGUUUUGCUUUAGAAGGGCAAGGUCUGCCACCUCCGAGCCAGUGCAAACUGAUUCUCCUAUGUCGGAGGAUCCUUUGGACUUUGCGCAGAAAUGGCGCGCAACCGAUAUACCCGAAAAUAGCGACGCAAAUCCUAAACUACCUCCCAACCAACAAGAACCGCGCGCAAAAGACCAAGAUAUGCCUUUGGCGGGCUCUGCUGACCUCCCAGAGGGGUUCGAAAGCCUCUCUCGUGCCUCUCAGUAUCCCGAGCUUCAAACUGCGAGUCUUGUAUAUCCGACGCCCCCGGAUGGGGCGGUCGGAAUGGGAUUGAACAGCGCCGCUCCCCCCUCAGACGGCCUUGUUGACGAUGCAGAUUUCGCACUAUCUUUUGCACAGAGUCACGGCAAACAAAGGGUUCAAGAUCACUUAUCUGCUAAGGAUCGCUCAGAUGUGGAUGUGCAAAUGGAUUUUGGUCCGUCAGCUGGUCUCAUGGUCGGGUCCGGGUUAUACGACACCAACGACGAUGACGAUCUGUUCGGGGACAUGAACGUGAAAGAUUUCGGAUCCAAAGGAAUUACCGACGCUGAUUUUAGCUUUUUUGACGACCAUGAUUUUGAUCGUAUGGGUGGUGGUGCACAGCAUGUUGUCGAAGACAUGCCCGAUAUGAUGGAUUCGAGCGGGCCGGAAAUGCAGUCUGCUCCUGUUGAAACCAUUACACCAGAAGUUUCUGUACCGCAGAAGACGCCAAUAGAGCACGCAUCUCUCCCUGAUAUGAGUCCCUUGCAAGAGGAUACACCAAAGUCCACGCAGCAAGAGAUCCCAGUUCAUGACACCCCGGUGGACCCAUCUUCGCCCGAUGAGAACAACCAAACAAUUAGCCCCCCUCUAAGUCCAGUGGAAAUCAAGAAGAUACUCUUACCUGGACCGAACGGGAAGGACCAGACUCCUCCCGGGCAUCUCCAAGGACAAAGUUAUUACAACCCCGUCACUUUCAAACGAAACGUGUCAAAUUGGGAUCAGAAGUAUGGUGCAGCUGGGAAAUUCUGGUUUACAGCUACAGAUGCAGGAGCCACCAGGGAACCCACCAACUCUAUGGGUGACAUCCCGACCAUUGGAAUACCUCGGCGCAACAGAAAAUUCUCGGCUGCGGAAGGCAUUUCUAAAGCAUUUGAUGGCCAAGCAAGCCCGCCGAGUGAUGAAGGCGCCGAGCCAUGGCAGGACUCCGAUUCCAGUAGUGAAUCAAGUGACGAAAGCGACAGCGCUGUCUCGGAAAGGGGUGCGUCCCCGGCUACUUUUUCAACCCGCAAAAGAAAGCGUGCUCGCUCUAAUUCUAGUAGCUUGGCUGCCCAGGUGAAGUCGCUAGAAGAGCCUGACCAAGAAUCGUCCGUUCCCACAGCAGGACAGUCGAUUUUUCUCGGGAACUUUCUGUCCACAUUCUCCGACUGGUCAAUGACAGGCUAUUUCUCGUUCCCCGAAAACCAAGUUCUUCCCGUGCUCGCUCGCAAAGAUCUACAGGUUCAAGUAGCCCAGAUACUAGCGGACCAGGUUACGCAAUCAUCUUUAGAUCAUAAACUCGAUGGGCGCGGCGGAAUUUCCGAUCUUGAUGACGGAGCAUAUUCAAUUCGGACUUUUCUUGAGGACACUGAGUUUAUGGAUGGCAUGGAAAGGCUCGAUUUAAACGGUUUUAUUUCUUUGCAGGAUAACAACCAAUCGUCUCCGCCAGUCAAUAGUGCCAAUUCUCGUCAGGCCUUGCAACGUAAGGAGACAGGGAAGGGCUCAAUGUCAAAACUAUCUCCGCCCCACGUGCGCGUCCGCCGAGGCAAAGAGUUUUUGGAAACCUUGCCUCCUGCAGUCUCAUUCUGGGAAACCUUCGGCUUAGAACCCGCUUUUGGGCCUAAGGAUAUUGCAGCCUAUUGUAUCUGUCCGCAAAAUACGACGGAGGCAGCCGAUGCAUUCUUAGAACGGAUCGGCUUACUUUACGCGGGCUGUAACCUCGGUGUACAUGCCCGAGGAGACAAAUCUAAUGGAUUGGAUCAAACAUUAGGAUCAUGGAACAUUGAAUCAUUGGAUUACCUCUCCGCGAUGCAGUCUUUGAAAGUGAUUUGUGAAGCCCUGGGGACUGCUCUUCAAAAUGUUCCGCCUAGCAAGGACAACAUCGUUAUUUACAUGAUCAACCCAUUCACUCAUGCUGCUGCAAUGGUGGAUUUGUGCUCUGCUUUCUGGGCCCUGUUCCAGAAAUAUGCAGCUGAUUCCGAGAAGCAACAAACUCGUGUCUUCAACGAAGUGGUGCUGCAGAUUGUUCCCAUAGACUUUAUUUCAUCUACCGAAUCCUUGGUCGUUCCUCCACAGGUUGAGUAUUUGAGCUUGGCUUUGGAAGUAUACAGCCGAUGUCCCCCGAAGAAUGCCCAGCCAAGUCUUGUUAACUGCGCACCUCCCAUGCUUCUGGCGGAGCCUCUCCCAAGGAGUCUCAAUUUCAGACUCGCUUCUGAAAAGCCCUCGCCCCUUCAGGAAGGCAAAUGCCUCCACGUUGCAUGCUCCAGGAGUCAAGAUCAGCGCUGGAUCAGUGUUGCCUGGUCCGACAAUACCGGAUCUCUCCAGCGCACCAUGUCAUAUAACCUACGCUUUCGGGGUGGUAAUUCGUCUAGGAAUGUUCAUGAUAUACGGGGCGAGAUUUGGGGAGCGACGAAAGAUAUCAUGGAGCGGAUCUCGGCACGCUGGAGACUCAUGGUCGUGCACACUGGGCCGGUAGAUCAGGAUGAGGUUGAUGCAUGGUCGAACUUCGUUGAACAGUACAACAAGACAAGCACUAUGCCUUCGGAAUUGACGGUGUUGAACGUGAACACUGCGCCAGAGCUUUACCUGGAGCCUCCAUUCAUCCCAAUACCCAUGAGCGUCUUCAAUGCGCAGACGAGCUCUACCCCUGUCGCCACACCAAACCCUAGUGUUCUUUCCCCCGAUCAGACCGGCAACGCUCCCACCCCUCCGAGCGGCGCAAAUGCCCCUACGCCCACAGAAGCCACAUUAGAAGCUGAAUCCGAGUCUUUACUCACUGAUAUCUGCGACGAAUCGUGGGGGGUAAUCCUUUCCCAUCGCCUCAACAGUUCCCCACAUCUGACCGAAUACCGCCCUGCCCUAACGAGUGGAUAUCUACUCCGCCGCAAGGGCGCCACCGACGGCGAUGGCUUAUACGCGCUAACGGUAAACCUGAUAUAUACACAACGACACUCUUCAACCCACGAAACCCUCCUUCGCGAAGCCCUGGGCAUGUAUCGCGAUUUGGCCACUCUGGCUCGCGCCAGGGGGACCUGCGCUGUACAGCGCAACACGAUGCCUUGGCACAUUGCCACGGCCAUUCGAGCCCAGGAACUGUUGAGUUAUGUUUUGUAAUCUACGAUUGUUGGUUUUUGACAGCAUACUGUGGGUGAAUCAGCGGUGUUCAGGGUGUUUCCUUUCUUGCUACAAUACCACCUUUUUUCCUCCUCUCUUUCUUCUGUCUGUACAUAAGGCGGUUCUUGUGUGACGCACACAAGAUUGGAUAUACCAGGCGUUUUCGGGCCAUGUCUUGAUCAUAUAGCUGAAGCAUCUGACAAUAGACUCAUUCUCCAAG